AUGGCGCAGGAGCGGCGUCGGGUAACCGAUAAUUUCUCGGACGGCCUCAUCCGAUUACUGACGACUACCAGCUGCUGCAUGUUGCUCGUCAUCGUCACGAUCAAGCUGAGCCCGCAUUUCCUGUACAACGGAAGCACCCUGCUGCUGGGGGACACCGGGGAAAAGGUGUUCUUCUUCCGAGCCACGAAAGCCGCGAUCAUCGCCUUCCUGCUGCUAGGACUGGUCAUCAUAGUGACGGUGCACCACUACUGCCGUAACUACAAAGUUAUCGGAACCUGGACCACCCUUGCUUGCGCCAUGAGCCUGGCCAUAUUACCCGCCCCUUGCAUCUACGUCAUCUUCGAGGAGUACAACGAGCCGGCUGACAUCUACUCGGUCGUCUUCGUCGCCUACAACUUCAUGGCGCUCAGCGUGGUAGUGAUUAGGUUAAACGGUCCGCGCCUGCUCCAGCACUGGUGCCUGACCGUCCAGUCUACCUUCAUGACGCUUUUCGUGCUAAUGUUCUUGCCCUUCCUUGCCCAGAUGGUCAUGCUGUGCCUCAUACUCAUUCGGAACCUGGUCGUGGCUGUGCCGACCGUCGUCGAUAUAAUUAGGGAUGGGAUGGCCAAGCAGAGGAACGAAAGUGUGGAGAGCCUGCAUUCGGGAAUGUUACUCUCGACUUCCAGUACGGAAAGCGGCUGGGACGCCCGUGGCAUCAAGCUGGGGCUGGGUGACUUCGUUGACUUCGUCUUCUACAGCGUCCUGGUGGGCUCGGUGGUGAGUUUCGGCGACUGGACCAUUGUGUGCACCUACGUCGUCUGCGUUCUGGUCGGCGUCUGCGCCACGAUUUUCGUGCCUGUCGUGCUGGCCGUCAUGUGGGAAGGCGUGCCGUCGCUUCCCGUGUCGACAUUGUUGGGCCUAUCUUUCGUCGAAUCUCACAAGGUCAUCGGGAAGCCUGCGAACGAACUGUGCGUCUCACAAGUACUCAUAUGA